UUGCCGCAAAACGAGUGGGUUAACGAUUUCCUCACUUGGCUAAGUUACCAAGAUGGCUGCCGCAAAUCGAUUCCGAUUGGCUAUCGCUGAAAGCUGGUGGGGAAAGCUUGCCUUUCUCUUAUUGGUUGUUCAUGGAACGUGGGCGAAAAGUUGCGCGUCGUUGAUUGGCUGUCCCGUGAGCCUAGAGGAAAAGGUUGCAUUGAUCAGCUGCUCGCUGCAGAUAUCGCACUUUGUGAAAACAAUGUAGAAGAAGUGCUGAAGACAGAGAGGACAAGACAAAACGCCAGCGCUGUCAUACCUGGGCGAAGCUUCAGAUCACUAUCGCCACCUGUCUUUAAUCACACGGAACAUAGACACGGUGCUGCAUUGUCUUUUCCAAGAUCAUAUAAUCUCAUCUCCUUUUGAUCUUUUCCGCAUCUGGUCCGCUUCUGUCAUUUCAGCGAUGCGAAGGCGGAAUAACUCGCCCUCUGAAGAGCACGAAAGCUCCGCUGCAAGCACCCUUCUGAACCGGGGCACGGAUCAAGACAAGGGAGACUCAAACACCGAGACGGACAAAGCCAUGGGGAGAAAAUGCAGAAGGGGUGGUUUGAUGUGCAGGUUGAGGAGGAUCUUCCUCUGGGUUUUGGGGAUCUACAUUGCUAUUCCAUUCGUCAUCAAGCUCUGUCCUUCCAUCCAGGCCAAGCUUGUCUUUUUAAACUUUGUGAGGGUGCCAUAUUUUAUCGAUCUUAAGAAGCCGCUGGAUCAAGGCCUGAACCACACACACAAUUUCUACCUUCAGCCAGAGGAAGGCGUUCAUAUCGGCGUGUGGCACACAGUACCAGCCCUGCUGUGGAAGGAGGCACAGGAAAAAGAAGGAAACUGGUAUGAAAGCAAACUCCAGUCCUCUCACCCAGUCAUGCUCUAUCUGCAUGGCAAUGCAGGGACCAGGGGAGGAGACCAUAGAGUGCAGCUCUAUAAGGUCCUCAGUUCAUUAGGCUACCAUGUAGUCACAUUCGAUUACAGAGGUUGGGGGGAUUCAGAGGGCAGCCCUUCUGAGAGAGGGAUGACGCAGGAUGCUCUCUUCCUUUACCAGUGGCUGAAACAGAGGAUCGGGAACACUCAGCUCUACAUCUGGGGCCACUCUCUGGGAACCGGAGUGGCCACUAACUUAGCCAGGCGUCUGUGUGACAGAGGAACGCCACCUGAAGCUGUUAUCCUGGAGUCUCCUUUUACCAACAUCAGGGAAGAAGCCAAGAGCCACCCCUUCUCCAUGGUUUACAGAUAUCUCCCAGGCUUCGACUGGUUCUUUUUGGACUCCAUCACUGCCAACGAUAUCCGAUUUCCCAGCGAUGAGAAUGUGAAUCACAUCUCCUGUCCAAUCCUGAUUCUCCAUGCUGAAGAUGAUCCUGUUGUCCCUUUCCACUUAGGAAAAAAACUGUACAAUAUCGCGGCUCAGUCCAAGAGCCUGAAUGGACACAAGGUGCAGUUUAUUCCGUUUCCCAGCAGUCAGGGCUACAGGCACAAGUUCAUCUACCGCAGUCCCCAGCUGCCUGACAUACUUGGUGAUUUUCUCAGCACGACUCAUCCACAUGUAUAGCUGCAAGCUCCUACCAGAUUGACCUCUUUUCACCACACACACACACACACACACACACACACUAUGCACCUGUGCAUUCCAUACUCCAUUAAAUCACCUGAAGAGCAGAGAACAGCAAGUGAGACGAAGAGAGAGAGACGGAAGAAAGGCAGCUUGAGCACAACAUAUGCAAAGAAAUAUGCAAACCCUGAACUGAACAGAAACUGGAUGCUUGUAAGAGAAACACUGCACAGUAGUGUAGAAUCCUGCGAGAUCGCAUGUGAUGUAUUUUAUGAAGAUGUCAUUCCCCUCUGCAGCGGCUGCUACUCUACUAAAAUAAUCACAAGUAGAGCUUAACUGGACCUUUUAUCCAUUUGGUGUGAACUUUAAUCGUGUAAGAUUUAAAGUCAAGUCAUUUUUUUAUUUCAAGAACUCUGUUUUUCCACCAUGAUGCAUAAUUAAAACAAAACAAAAAAAAUACACAAAUUAAUUGUAAAAAAAAUUAACUCAUUCUUUUUCAGAGAGCUAGUGAUGACAAUCUCAAAAUUUAUAAAACUCCUUCUGGAUUUUAGGUUCAGUUUAAGAGUUAUAGGUCAUGAAAACCCUUCGGUCUUAUUCCCUCUCACCCCGUUCACCGUCAUUUUCCUGAUCAUACAGGUUUGAUUUAUUUAUUUACGUUUAAUUUGAUUAUAAUCUCCCUUCACACAUUCCAAACACAAGUUAUUUCGGUCUAAAAUGAGAUGUUUAUUUCAACUUACUAAUAAAUCCUUAUAUACUGCAUUAAUUUACAAUCUAGAGGGAGACCCUACAGAGCCUUUACAAAUAUCUAAACAGAUUAUAUUAAUAUCUAUAGAUGUAUACAUCUAAAUAAAUAAUUAUGAUGACCUUCCCAGGAUUCACACCAAAAUAUUAGACGCGAAAUAGUUUUGAGUAAUCAGUCACAUGGUUUUAAAUUCGCACUAUAUAACAGAGAUAUAGCUGAGAUAUACACUGAUCAGGCAUAACAUUAUGACCACUGACAGAUGAAGUGAAUGAUGGCACCUGUUAGUGGGUGGGAUAUAUUAGGCAGCAAGUCAACAUUUUGUCCUCAAAGUUGAUGUGUUAGAUGCAGGAAAAAGUUUGACGAAGGGCCAAAUUGUGAUGGCUAGAAGACUGGGAUUGGACCAUCUCCAAAAAUGCAGCUCUUGUGGGGUGUUCCCGGUCAGCAGUGGUCAGUGUCUGUCUAAAGUGGUCCAAGGAAUAAACAGUGGUGAACCGGAGACAGGGUCAUGGGCGGUCAAGGCUCAUUGAUGCAUGUGGGGAGCGAAGGCUGGCCCGUGUGAUCCGAUCCAGCAGACGAGCUACUGUUGCUCAAAUUGCUGAAGAAGUUAAUGCUGGUUCUGAUAGAAAGGUGUCAGAAUACACAGUGCAGGACGGGUCAGGGCUGUUUUGGCAGCAAAAGGGGGACCAACACAAUAUUAGUCAUAAUGUUAUGCCUGGUCAGUGUUUAUAUUUAUAUAUUAAUCCCUGUAUGGCAGAUGUAUUUAAUAGAAACUAACACGUUUACACCUUUGUUAUCAGACGCUUGUUUAUUUAAUCAGCUAGCUGUGAGUCAAAGCUACUACAGUCCCAUCAUAAGCAAUACACUCGCUUUACUGAGCGUCUUCUGGACUGUGCAGCAAUAAUGUACUGUACUGGUUUUUCACCACAGUGAUGAAUAUUACUACAUUUAGGCUACAUAGAGUCUGUGUUAUGAGCCGUAGGUCAACACGAUGUUCUGAAUGUAGGAUUUUCUGGCAUAAUCUGUGCACUGAGAGGCUUUUUGGGGUUACCAAAAAAAAAAUCCCUGGAUUACAAUAAGCAAAAAAAAAAAAAAUAUAUAUAUAUAUAUAUAGUAUUUAUCAUAUGUGAGCGGUGAGCUAACAGGCUAUCAUCAUUACAUGUUCCUGACUUCCUGUGAGUUCGGAUUUGGUUAGCCGUGUUAGCGUUUCCGUAUCAGGAAAUAUAUAUCAAGAUCAGUUUAGAAAUUAAUCAGAAGUUACAAAAUAUGAAGGGGAGUGUACUGAAGUAUACAUGUGUGUGUAUGGAAGAGAGACUGCGUGUGUGUGUUAGCAUUACUAGCCUCUGAGUACAUGUUUUCAAAGACUAUCCCCUAGACGAGCUCCAUGUCCUCUACACCAUUACAUAGCUAGAUUUCUUGUUAUUAUUAUCGUUGCCUGUUCUAUAAUUUCCUCAUAGCCUAAUCAUGGGCUAAUUCGAGGCUAAUGAGAGAAAGCAACACACAAGGCCACUAAAGAAACAUGACCCCUGGGCUUUACACUGCAUAUAAACAUAUCAAGCAUUCUGUUUUGUUUUAUUAUGUAACGCAUCAUGGGAAUUUCAGUCACUUAGAAGCCCAGAUCAGAUCAUAUAUAUACGAACCAAGUCAAAAACAGUCAUGUUGAAUGGAUUUAGAACAUUUAUCAGUGUGAUUAUUUAGUGGACUUUUUUUUUUCCCCCUUCCCCAAGUGAGUGACCAAAGCUUUGAACAAAUCAACUCUUUCUUUUUCAUUUCUUUUUACUUGUUUUGGUAUCAGAUGCAUGUUCAAUUCUUACUAAAUCAACAGUACUAUCAUGAUUCUUUAAAGAAAAAGGUUUGGAUCUAUUCUUGAAUUUUCUUUUUUGCCUGUAAUUUAUAUAUUAACAUUAUAAUAGAGAAAGACUGAGCUACUGAGCUCUCUGCUCAGAUUCCCUUCAGCUGCCUUCGUCUAAGACCAAACACACAAUUUCAGCCUGGUUUCAGUCUGUUCUAAAUACUUUUAUGAAUUUGUCUUGUUAUUUAAAACUGUUACUACAUUUUGUUUCUUUUUUUUUGGCGAAGUAUCAUGUGGUUUACAGGUUUUUGUUUUGAUUUUUAAGCUGCUAAACCUUACUGUACUACUGGACACAUCAAGAAGACUGUACAGUUUCUCUGUUUGUACAUAAUAAUAAUAAUAAUAAUAAUAAUAAUAAUAAUAAUAAUAAUAAAGGAUGGAACUCACAGCUGACU